CGAACUAUUUUUGUGCCUCAUGUGUUCGAUUUUUGUGAGCUGCGUUGAAGAUCUUUUAAAUUGUUUACCAUGUUCAUGGAUUAGACAAGUUUAAGCAGGACAUAAUUUGAUUGAUUAUUGGUUUUUAAACUAUACAACUAAGAUGAACGCACUACGGAAUUGUAUUAAAGGAACAAUUAGUUUUCGGAGUUUGAAUCUACUUUCAUAUUCAGGUCAACGAUCCAUUAAACGGUGGGUUGCACCUACUCUAAAGGAGUUAAGAAGGCGUCAAGAAAAAUUGGGCCCACAACCAGAACCUGUGCGAAGCUCUUUUCUGGAAUGGAAUAGAAGCGCUGAGUUAUAUGCAUUUAAUAAGAGGCUUACCGAAUCAUUCAAAACAGAUCUUUUAGAGCAAUCGUUUACUCAUAGAUCAUAUAUCAUUCAAGAAGAACAAAAACAAAAGGAACUAGGGAUUGAAAUUCCACAAUUAGACAUAAAGAGUAAUGACGAGCUCAUACAAGAAGGCAGAGAAAUUACAUCCAGAGUUGUCAAAAGUUACUUAAGACAAUCAUUACCUUGUGCACCAGAAGAAUGUAUUCGGUCACUGCAUGAUUAUCUUUUAUCCACUGCUGUACUGGCAAAAGUUUCAUCACAUAUUGGAACAAAAGAUCUUAUUUUAUCAGCAGAACAUCCUAUAGCCAUUGAUACUCUGGCUACAACAUUUUUUGCACUUGUAUCUGCAUUGACACGUAGUACCGAUGUGGUACAUGCUGGAGUAUUUGUACGGGACUUCUUAAUAGCUCUGUUGGCAGAAAAAGAUUUAACGGAAAUUUGGUGUCCUAAUAAUCCUUUAGAAAUUUUGAAUAGUAUACUUGCUCGAGAAAAUCGUCAACCAGCAGAACCUCGUCUUGUUGGUCAAGCAGCAGCAACCACUCUUUUGGCCACAUAUAGGAUAGCUCUAUAUUCAAACAAACAAUUUCUUAGUAUCGGGUUCGGGGAGUCAAUUGAAGUAGCUAAGGAAAUAGCUGCUCUGGAUGCAUUAUUUCGUCUAUUCAAAUUAAAUCGUGGUGAUCAACCAAUUAAAACUAACCUCAAAAUCAAUAUUUGUGAAGAAGAAAUACAGAAUUUGCCAUUAGCACAAUGGUGCAGUGUUGACAUCGCAAAGCAUGUGCCCACUUUGGAAAGUAAUAUGUAAUCAAAAAUAGGAUAAUAAAUAAUUUCAAUGGUA